AUGACUCAACUCAAAUUCGUCACCCUCGACGUCUUCACGACGAAGACGUUCUCCGGCAAUCAAUUGGCCGUCGUCUUUCUCCCAGAAGAUGAAUCCGUCACCUUGACGCAGCGCCAGAAGCACACCAUCACACUGGAAUACAAUCUGUCCGAGACGAUCUUCGUGCACCCCGUACGCCAGCAAGACAAGCGUACCAUCGACAUCUUCACCAUUGAGGGCGAGAUCCCAUUCGCCGGCCACCCCACCAUCGGCGCCGCGUCAUGGUUCCUGUGCCAUGCAGCCGACUCAGCCAAGGGCAGCGGCGUCACGACGCUGGUGACCAAAUCCGGCGAGAUCCCAAUCUCCAUCAUCAACCCAGCGAGCCAGGCUGUGCAGGCGCAAAUAGCGCAUAACACGCGCAUUCAUGCGUCCCGGUACGCGCUGCAAGACCUGCUGUACCUGCACCCGACGCUGGCGCCGUACUUCCCGGACCCGGCGACAACGUUCCCGCUGUUCUCGAUCGUCAAUGGCAUGAGCCAGACGUUCAUCGAACUGCCGUCGCUGGAGGCGCUGGCGGCCGUCCCGCGCGCCACGGGCGGCGAGCUGGUCCCCGUCGAGCGGCAUCUCGACGAGGGCUGGCAGUCAGGACUGAUUUGCGUGUACUUCUUCGUUCGGGAUGUGGAAGACAGCGUGAUGCAGCAGAAGGUGAUCCGCACGCGCAUGAUGCUAGGCGGGCUGGAGGAUCCGGCGACAGGCAGCUCGGCCAGCGGGCUGGCGUCUUAUCUGGCACUGACGGAGGGUCAGGCGGGCCAGGAGUACCGGUAUCAUUUUGUGCAGGGCGUUGAGAUGGGACGGCGCAGUGAUAUUGGCGUUGGCGUGACCUUGAAUGCCAACCGGAAGAUCGAACAGGUACUGCUGACGGGCACGGCGGUGCGGGUCUCGGAGGGCCUCAUCUCGGUGCCGGAAGUGUAG